AUGGCACGAGAUGGACCGGCCAACGACACCCGGCCGCCUCCAAAGGAUCUCAGUCAUCAUCUCAGUCGAGUCACGAAGCAGCGUCAUGCCAGCUCGAUCAAGAUGUUCUACAAGUACUUCCAGAUCCCGGGAAUAGGUCAGCUAGCUGGUGGCCUGCCAAACAACUACUAUUUUCCAUUCGACACACUCGAGGCCAAGGUUGCGCGACCAGAUCGAUGGCAGCCUACCGAGAUUCGACCUGUCGAUCCGCCAUCCAACGAAGAGGCACUGGCAGCUUUGUCAUUGCCGGAGAAAAAGUUCAAAGUGGAGAGCAGUCCUUUGAACCAACCACAGGAUGCAAUCCUUGUUCCUCACACCUCGAAGCAGGCCAACCCAGUCAAGAAGAUUGAUCUCUCUACUGCAUUGCAGUAUGGCACAGCACAAGGCUACCCACCACUCUACUACUUCAUCAGACAGUUCACACAACAGAACUUACACCCAAACUGUCCAUAUAAGGGUGGUCCAGAAGUGGUAUUGACAAACGGCAACACCGAUGGAUUCAGUAAAGUCUUGCAAGCUUUCACGAAUGAGUGGAGCGCGGACAAGGAUUGGAUCAGAGAUAAGGAGAAUAUUCUCGUUGAAGAGUUCGCAUACAUGGCUGCUGUGCAGGCUGGGAAACCACGAGGCCUUGGUAUUGUGCCAGUAGCGAUUGACGAUGAGGGAAUGCUGGCAGAAGGACCUGGCGGGCUGAAAGACGUGCUCCAGAAUUGGGAUCACAAGAAGGGCAAGUUGCCACAUCUCAUGUACACUGUGACCAUGGGCCAGAACCCAACAUCCGGCCUCCUGUCCCUCCAGCGUCGCCGCGAACUCUACGCUCUCUGCUCAAAGUACGAUAUCCUUAUCGUCGAAGAUGAUCCAUACUGGUACCUCCAGUUCCCGACAGCUGUGGCCGUCAACACAACGACCAUCCACGACCCGGCCAAUACCUCCUUCAACCCAGACGUCUCCAUGUUCGCUAACGGAGAGCCACUUCCCGAAGGCUGGAAGUCCAGCGGCUACAAGUUCCUCGAUAGCCUCGUUCCAAGCUCCAUCAACAUUGAUACCGACGGCCGCGUGAUACGCCUCGACACUUUCAGCAAGACCGUCGCACCUGGCUGUCGUCUGGGCUGGAUCACUGCGCAGCCAGCACUCAUUGAGCGUCUACUCCGUAUAACAGAAGUCACCACACAACAACCUUCCGGCUUCGUCCAACCCAUGAUCGCAGAACUCGUCCUAGGCCCAGAUCACUCCGGCCUCGACAAGUCAAAGACUGUCACGAAAGGUGGCAAAGGUCCUCUUCCCGAUGGCGCAGGCUGGAAAGCAGAUGGUUGGGUCCGCUGGCUGGAGGGUCUGAGAGGUAACUACGAGCGACGCAUGAACCACAUGGCUCGCAUCCUAGACGAUGGGAAGUACCUGGUCAAAGCCGGUCGUCGCAACAGCCUCAACGAAGAAGCCCUCGACGAAGCAGACGAAUGGUCCGUCGUUGAGAAGACCCAAAUCCUCUCCUUCGACUGGCCCGUCGGUGGCAUGUUCCUCUGGCUGAAGAUCCACUUCGAGUCACACCCCUUGUGGUCAAGCUACAAGAAAUCCCCCGAACGCCUCAGCAAAGCUCUCUGGAUCCUCUGGACGACCAAACCCUUCCUCGUCCUCGUAGCCCCAGGAUCACUCUUCAGUCCCACCGACGAGAUCGCCGCCAAGAAGGGAUGGCAGUUCUUCAGGUUAUGCUUUGCUGCCCUCAACGAAGAGGAUCUCGGCCCGGUCACGAAGCGGAUCGCGGAGGGGACGCAGGCGUUCUUUAGGAUUAAGGAUAAGAAGACGAUGGAGAAGUUGCUAGAGGAGGGUGAGGAGGACGAGGAAGGGGAGAGUCGGGUACAGAAUCGAGAGACAAUGGCGAUGAUGGCGCAGAUGAUGGGGCCGUGUUAG